AUGAAAGAAGCUCGAACAAUUGACGGGACGUGCAAUGAUCUUAAUAACACCACUGCCGGAAGCCGGUUCUACCGUUUUGGCAGGAACGUUCCUCUUAAACACGUUUACACCAACCCUGGAGAUCUUCUCAAGCCAAAUCCACGAACUCUAGCCAAAAAGUAAGUUUGAUCUGUUUGAUUGCUUGCCAUUAUCCUCUUUGCUGCUGUUGUUCUUAAUUUAGCCGACAUGGCCCAAACCUCGGCUAAACCCUCGUGUGGCAAAAGAAGACUUUGCGUAGGGCGCGAAAAGUGCAGCUAUUAAAUUCCAGAUGAAAAUUUGCGCUUUGUGACUUUGAUUUUCCUCCGAGUCUACGUAUAUUUAACCCUUCUAAAAUCCAGUCAGCUAAAUUUGAAGGAGCUACUUCUGCAACCGUAACUUUGAGGACUACUUAGAUUCUAGCUUAGUGCUUACACCAUGUAAAGGAAGUACGACGUAACAGAAGAAAUUUGUUCAUUUCAAUUUGCAGUUUGUUGCAGCGUAAGACGUUUAUUGAAGUUCCUUGGCUGAAUCUGUUCGCCGUGGCAUGGGUUCAAUUUAUGGUUCAUGACUGGUUUGAUCACGGUGCAGCCACCAAGGAAAAAAUCGAAGUCCCUCUUGCAAAAGACGACCCCUUAUGCAAGAAAAUGAAAGGUAAUUUUCAUAAGUGCAGUGAGAAAAAUUGCGUGAAUUGUAGCAUGCACCGUUUCGUUGGGAAUUAAUUCGCAAUUUGCAUAUCUACCGUAAUAAUACUUCUUUGUCCCGGCCCCAAAACCUUUUGUGCAAAUGACCAAUAGACAUUGAAGUUUAAUGCCAUAGACAGAAAUUCGUCCGAGUUGCAAAGUAAGGAUGAAUUUGAAAACAUAUUUUUACCAUGGCAGUCAUUAAAAAAAACGAUGAACCUUUGACCCUCCUUAUACCGGCAAGGGCUACAAAGCUUUCUUGCGGCCACAUUCAAAGCUAAAACCCUAAAAAAUCCAGGACUUUAUCAAAUGUCUAUUUGAAAUCUACACAAAAACGGCACAAGUUACCUUCGUUAUCCGCCAUAACAUUUUAAAAUAUAUUGAUCCUAGUCAAUGACUUAAAAUGUACAAAAGACCUCCGCUUUUAGGCUUGGCCAAAGCUAUAUAUUAUUAUUAUUAUUAUUAUUAUUAUCAUCAUCAUCAUCAUCACUUUGUCAGGCAUUGUGGCGCAUUUUGCGGGCUGAAAUGGACAAUUUGGCGGGCUAAACUAUAUUUUAGCCCUCGUUAAGUUAAGAAACACCUGCUGAUUUCUUGGCUUAAAAAUUGGUGGGAACUAUCUCCAGCCCCUGAGAAUAAAAGUCACGCGCGGAAAGAUGGCGUCGUUUUGCUUUUUGCAAGUCGCGCGUUGAUUGGUUGAAAUUUGAUGAGCUGUCAAAUGGAGAUCAGCAGGCAUGUGUAAUUCAUUAUUUGUCCUAAUUGCAGGUAAUAAAUUGAAAGUUCGUCGCACCGAACCAGACCCUUGUGAAGACAAAAACGAUGGAGUACCACCGGCGUUCCAGAAUCACGUGACACAUUGGUGGGACGGCUCACAGCUGUAUGGCAGCGAUAGAAAAACUCACGACCGAGUCAGAUCAUUUGUUGACGGAAAAUUAAAGGUUGAUGACAAAGGCUUUCUUCCCUUGGAUCCAAAGUCCAACAUUGACAUAACUGGUAAUGGAGCUGUUUAUAACGCAAAUGAAAUCAAGCUGAAGAGUAGAGCGGGAUCAAGGGGGGAUAGGUUACCAAAUUUCCCGCGUCCCAUACUUUGCAUUCUUAUCUUCCAUCCUUUUUUUUUGGAUUCUUCUGUUAACAUCUUUUUUCGAUGCGAAAUAUAAAGUGGUUUUCCCCAAUAGUACAAUCGAACCUCCACAAACGACCACUUCUCUACAACGGCCACUUUUUUCGGCCCGGCGGACAGUCCAUACAUUGACUUUUGCUUAACCCUUUCUACAACGGCCACCUCUCUACAACAGCAACGGCCACUACAGCGCGACCCCAACUGCCUAAACCUCUCGACAAUGGCAAGUUUUUUCACUAAAUUUGAUCAGUAUGGCGCGCUGAUGAUCGACGCAAUCGUUUUGAUUCCGUUCCAUUUAACACUGCGGCACCGAAGCAUGAAUCAUGUACAAUAUAUACUUUAAGCAAAUGUUGCGAGCCUUGCUCGUUUGGCCAUGUUAACGAUUCGAUUCAAAAAAUUAAUUAUAAUCUAAGUCUUUUGUGUGUAUUUUAGCUCUAUAUAUCAUUUUUAUGUUUGGAUAGCCAUUAUGAAACACAUGAACUUGGCACAAUAAACAUGUUUUACUCCCCUAAAAACAUUUGUCAAAUUACACCCCUUCCUCCCCAUACUCGGCCACUUUCUUCUGUCCCAAAGGUGGCCUUGUGGAGAGGUUCGACUGUAGUUAAUGCAUGAUUUAACUGGUUCUAAGAAACCGACGACGACCAAACCGAAACGAACUUUUGUGUUUUGCAAAAUGUUUGGAUUCCUUGAAUAGCUGAGUCCCUGUCCACACGUAUCCGAAUAUUUUUUAAUAUGGAGAUCUUUUUCUUCAUUCACAAAAAAAUACCUGUCUACACGUAGCGUAUUUCAAUCGUUUUCGCCCGUCUACAUGAAAACGCUAAGAUGAUAGAAACAUGAUAGCAGCCCUUGCUGAGCACGUGUAAUUGCGAGGGCAUGAGGAGCCCCCAGUCCUAAUCUCCGGGUUGCUAUUACGCAUGUACGUCACGUAUGUAGCCAGCUUCGUUUAAUUUGGACUUCCACUAAGAAUAAAUGGAGAGCACCGAACGCAAUCUGAUCACCCGUGUUUGUACCUUCUAUCAAUCGUAAUCUGAUCAGGCAUGUUUUAACCUUCUAUCACGGGAAACUUGCGCAAAGCACAGUGUUGGAGCAAGAGCGUCGCAGCGCCAGUACUCAGUAACCUUUCAGUGUAUUCGAAAACCGACCCAAACAAGAAGCCGGCGAUUUUAAAAACUCCAGUCUGGGGAAAGUCUUGAAAACCUGCGCUAUUGAUGCCCGAAAACGCCGUAAACGUGUGGACGGUCGAAAGGCUAAAAGAAGAAAAAAUCUCCGUUUUCAAAAAUAUCCGGAUACGAGUGGAAGGUGCCUAACUUGCUCAUUCACUGCUGACCCAAGCCCAUUUUCAUUGUAACUCGAUACUUAUGUAAUCAGGAAUGUCCAAGAACUGGUGGUCUGGACUUAGUCUUCUUCACAAUUUAUUCACAAGAGAGCACAACAGCAUUUGUGACAUGCUGAUGAAGAAUCACCCAGCUUGGAAAGGUCAAGAUGAGCGACUCUUCCAAACCGCAAGGUACGACAAAACUUUACACGUCUUAUUUCUUUAA